AUGGACUGAAACGACUGCAUGCGUUCUGUGUGGAUGCUAAGCUCUUCAGUCAUGAACAUCUGGGCAACCUAUCGACGUCCGCUCUGUUGAGUGAGCUGAAUCGGUUUGGUUUAGUCAAUAGAGACAACGUGCAGCUGUUGAAGUUUAUUGCAAGAGCUUGCAGGCAACAUGCACUUCUGGAUGUGAUCAAACAGUUUGAAAAAACUCGACCUUUGCUCCCCUUGCCAGCAAACUUUGAAAAAUGGGAUUGCACAAUACCAAAUCACAGUAUUGUUAAUAUCCUUGUGCUGGAUACCGCUGAUAAUAUUGAUCGAAGAAGAAUAGAAAAUGUGUUGAGAUCAACUGCUGAUGUCUGUGGUGUUGAGUACCACGAGAUGGCCUGGCUUGGCUUCAAGGAGGAUGGAGAUGGGAUGAUAGCUGUUAUGGUGUUGAUACCAAGCAAGUGCUUAGCUACUCUGCAAUUCAAACUGGAUAGGGAUAACGACAGAACACUGGAAGAAAUAGGGAUUGUGAGUGUUGUUGUUGUUGUGGGAGCUAAGAUGAAGCCAAGGUUUGAACCCACGAGAUUGAGAUCCGGUAACCUAGAUGUUUUAGAAUUGCCUCGAGUGAAGGGCUUAGUGAGAAAAAUCACUGAUGGCAACACAGUUACACUAUCAGAAAUAGCCAGUGCAGCAGGGCAAGACGUUCCUAUUCGUGUCUUUACUUUCCUACUGGCACAUGCAACCAAUUGCCACAACGCUGUGGCAGUAGAUGAUUUAGCACACAUUGUCUGUUUGAGAAAAAAGGCAGGACAGUCUGUGUUUGACAUUCUACAAACAAUGAAAACACCAAUAAGUUUGAAGCUGCUAUCCAAUGCCUACAUUGCUGGUAGAGAGAAGCUUGUCCGCGCUCUUGUUCACCUAAAAUUUGUUCUUCAUCCUGCUGUUGAGUCAUACACUGUCCUGCUUGCUACAGUGUGUCAGAAUAAGGAUUAUCCACUGAGUCUAUUUCGGUUCCUACUGAAAAGUGAGGAGACAAUUGAAGAACCUUUUCAAGACUGCAGUAGGGAUGAUGUGUAUCAGAAAUGUGUCACAUAUUGCUGUAUCAACGAGCGUGAUGAUCUUGCUGCGGUCCUACUGAAACGAGGAGCAACGGUAGCAGCAGAGACGUUGAGAUGUUACUCCUCGUGUGUUGGUCGUGCAAUGAAGCACAUUGGUUGCCACUUGUAUGCCAUUCUGACUCCGAAAUGCCUCGUUAGGUGUGCCGAGCUCUCUUGGCAAAGUCGUCGUCUCACCCAGAUUUAUAAUGAUUGGCUUAGUCGAGACAAUCUUGCAGCUUUUCUGACAAAGCUGGACAUAUCAGACAACGGUCUUGGCUCCAUUCCAUCGAGCAUACUGGACGGUACACUGACACGUCUGGAAGAGGUCGAUUGCUCUCAGAAUAGUCUCACAUCCUUGUAUCAUGAUGUGGACGAACCUUAUCAACGCACGUACACGUACAAGUUGAAGGUGUUCAACGCGUCAAGGAAUCAACUGAAAAGGUUGCCACUUCGUCUGUUUCAGAUCCCCUCUCUUGAGAUCCUCAACGUUUCUCGAAACUCUUUGACAAGUCUCCCCGGUCCUGACCAGUUUCUAGAGACAUCAAGCGAUAGCGGUUCUCUUGAACUUGCAGAGCCCCGUUGGCUGUGUACAUGGCUAAAAGAAUUAAACGUAGCACACAAUGCUCUUACUCAAUUGCCUGAAUCUUUUGGGAACGUUUUGCAGCUACGAAAACUGAACUUGUCGAACAACAAACUGAACAGUAUAGCUCAGUCGCUCUGUAAAGCACGCUUCCUGGAGCAUAUAGAUUUGAGUGUCAAUUGUCUUGGUGCAGCUAGUAUUGAAGCCAACUUGAAUUACCUUCCUGAUUCUGUUCAGAUAUUGAAAUUAUGUGGCAAUGACUUCAGUUUUAUGCCUAUGGCUGUGCUCAAAAUGAUGGGCUUGCGACGACUCUACGUCGCUAAGAACUGCAUAAGCCACCUGCCAUACCCACAACAGUGGCACCUUCCACAUCUGGAGGUACUCGAUCUACAUGAUAAUAAGCUGGAUUGUGGUGAAGGCACAAUUUUACUACCCGAAUCAUUCGGCAAAACUCUUACUUACCUUGAUAUCAGCCACAACCAGCUGACAAAGUUUCCCAGAACUAUUUUAGGGCUCAAGAGACUUAUUUGUGUCAAAUUGGAAGGCAAUCCAAAGAUAACUGAAUUGCCCAAAGAAAUUCCGACUCUCAAGAGACUGUUUGAGUUGAAGAUUGAUGACAUGCUGACAGCUGUCCAAAAAUUCGAUGAGACGUUUCGUUCUGACUCUCCCACAAUUCACUACAGCAGAGUGAAGAAGAUUAUCAGAGACAUCUAUUAUGACUAUGGAGUCUAUUGUGGAGUCAAGGUAGCCAUAAGUGGCAGUGAGGUUGCGCGAGCUAAUGUAUUGCAAGAGCUGACGGUUAAAAAUUAUUCUGAUGCAGCAGAACGGCGCGUGGUAUACAGUCUGGUGUCUAGCAGUGACACGUUGAAGACCUUUAGGCCCAGACUCUUUAGACGACACAGCAGGAAUGUGAAGACUGAUAUCACUACAACUUUCAAGUUGUGGAGCAUACCUGGUAAUGAUUGCCACUACUGUUUUGUCUACGUCUUCGAUCAUCAUGCUGUCAAUUUGUCAGAUAAUUGCAGCUUCAUUGUGCUGCAGCAGGUUUUCUUCUCCGAAAACACGAUUCACUUGUUGGUGUGGGAUGAUAGUGACGGUCCGUCGGGGCUGGAUUUGAUAGAAGACACACUCAAAUUGAUCAGAGGAAGCAAGUAUUCAGUUCGUACAGCUGUGGUUGUAUUGAAGUCGGGACAACUCACGUACACGUCCGAUAUCCAACAACGAAUUGCUUCUCUGGGAGACAAAAUCGGUCUCGCUGCCAUCACUGUCGACUGCCACCGACGACGUCACAGUAAUUCGACUUUUCUUCGAGAUCACAUCUUCUCGACUGCAGUAGAAUUGGCAAAUAUUAGUGAGAGUGCAAUGGGAGAAAACAGCUGCGCGGUUCCCGCGAGUUUCCGUCACGCAGCAAGAACGCUGUUCAGCAAGAACAGCGAAACAACCGAAGCGUCCGUUUGUUCCCGCAAGUUUGUUGAAAAUCACAUGUUCCCGAACGGCUUCAGCGACCCGGACGAUUUCGACGAAGCGAUGAGGUUUUUGAUGAGGAUCGGUUCUCUGCUCCACUAUGAAGACACACCUCGUAAUCUCUACCAAUACUUCUUUCUCAACAUGGAUAUUGUAUCGCGCGUACUGGUGGCUGUAACGAGCGGUGGUUCAUCUCACUUGUCGUCCGGUGUUUCCCACACUCGUCACAUCUACGCCAUCUUCACAAAACUCUCCAUCUCGGCGGCCGACGGUGAUGCCCUCUUUGCUCUCCUCAUCAAGCUCAGCGUCGUCGUGCCACUCGAUUGUUGUCGUUGUCUCUUGCCGUUUCGCUUACCUCGUCAGAAACCAGGCCUCAAUUUGUCACUGUCUCAGUACCUCAUUCCUAUACAAUCCGAACAAUCUGAUGUCCCUAUACAAUCUGAUGUCGAUACCGAUUUGAUGCCGGAUGCUCGUGCUACCUAUGUCCGUCGUCUCUACUCUAUUACCAGCUUACCGCCUUGCUUUUGGGGUCAAUUUGUGAGCGCGCUGCUCGUCCAGAUCCAGCCGUUGCUUGAUUCGUUGCAUGACGGAGACGGUGAUCAUAAUCACGAUCAGCAUCAAGCAAAGACCGAUGCGGUGUUUUGGGCUGGAGGUAUUGUGGCGUUGUACGACGAGGGAUGCUUCAUUGUCAACGUGGUCGAGAGUGAUUUGAGUGAGGAGACGGGUUCGAUGGAAGGAGGCAAGUUAUGUAUGAAGAACGGACUCGAUAUCGUCGUGUUCGACCGUCGCCGUCGAUUCGCAGUAUUAGGUCUCAUCUGUAGUCACGUAGAGAGACUUCUACAAGAGUGGAUCGACACCAGUGAUGAUGAUCAUGCUUAUACAUCCGUUGAAGAGACGGUCUUGUCUAUCAAGAGGCUCAUUCCAUAUCCACCGUUUGAUCUGUCCAGCAACCAUUCUGUCGACGAACGUCUCAAUGAUCUCAUUUUCGAGCACGCGAUACCGCAGCAUGCGACACUCGAGAGCGUCGAAGAUUGCGCACAGGCGAUCGUCGAGGGUUCAAUCCUCACCGUCGGCAAUACAAAAACUGCCGUCGACGUCUCGCAUUUGGUACCCGACCUCACACUCUCGAGCAUACCGCCAAACGAACGUCUCGACGACAGAGACGUUAAGAUCGAGGUGACACCGGAAGGAAACUUGGGCAGUGGCGGAUUUGCUAACGUUUUUCUCGGCUACGUCGACGACGACCAGGCUGCAUUCAAGAUCUUUGCCACCAUAGUCACACCUCCUAUAUUCGACGAAAUCCAAUUGGAAACAAAAGAGGAAAUCAUCAGUCGCGGACCCAAAAGAGGCAGUCGACACUCAUCAAAGAGAAAGCAAGUCAAAGUCAAGAAGGUGGCGAGUUUGAGUCAACUGAAGAUGAACAAGUCGUUUGUCGUAGCGAGUAUAGGAAACGCAGCAGUCAGUGAGGAAGAAGUGAAGGCGGCCGUUCGUCCUCCUACACCUCGACUCGAUCCCCAUCAGUGUUUCAAGCAUCUGCGCGAUUUAUUACAAGAAGUGGCGGUCAUGAAGCAGUUGCAGCAUAAGCAUAUUGUCCAGUUCAAGGGUGUUCUCUUCGAUCCGUAUCUGUGUCUCGUCAUGGAGUUCGCUCCCGGCGGCAAUCUGGCGUCGCUCAUCAACGAGCGAAGAGACGAGAUCGGAUCGCUCUCCGAUCUACUCAACGGAGUCCAUUACUCCGGUAUCGCACAUGAUGGCAUCAUGGGUCGAGAAUUGACGCACAGAAUAGCUUUCCAAAUUGCGCUGGGACUCGAAUAUCUUCACAGUAAGUCAAUAUGUCAUCUCGAUAUGAAGCCGGAAAACGUGUUGGUGUGGUCCGAUUCGGUGACGGCUCCCGUCAAUGUCAAAAUCACGGAUUACGGCAUCGCUCUCAACAUGACGACCGUCGGAGUUAGGAAUGUGCGUGGAACGAUCGGAUAUCAAGCGCCCGAGCAAUUAUUGUUGAAGAAUCGCACAAGCCAGUCGUUUGACUUGCGGGUGGAUGUAUUUGCGUACGGUAUGAUGAUAUAUUACUUGCUGACCGGCGUUCAUCCGUUUGAAGAAGACAUAAUCAAGCGCGACAGAGUCGAGCAAAACGUCAGACAGAACGACCGUCCGUCUCUGCCCACCGGUCAGUCUUUGAUUCGUUUGCAGUCUCUUAUCGCUCGCUGCUGGCAAUAUUGGCCGAGCGAGAGACCGUCCCCUUGUGAGAUAGUUUCCGAAAUGUGUGAGGCGUCGUUCCAUCUGCAGUGCGAUGAUCUUGCGGUAAACGGCAAGCAUCACAUCUUGGCAACCGCGUUGAUGACGGAAGAGCUCGUGCGUCAACACAGCGAUAGCAUCGAGUCUUUAGGGGCCCGUUUUCCUCUGCGCAGUCCUCUUGUCCGUCACCGCUCGUGGACGUGCGGUCAAGUGCCUUCUCCUAGAUCGAGAAGAAGCCCUCGGUCACGCAAUAGACCAACGAGUUUGGUAAGUGAAGAUAAUGUGCGGCCAGCGUUGUCGCUAGCUGGCAGACAGUUGAGCCUCCCAACAACCAUUACCAAGCCGUUUUCACGUCCUUUCCUCACGGAAACGCUUUCGGAAUUCGACGAAAAGAAAGAAAAUUUCCUUCGUUCUCCCUCACCAACGUCUCCUCGUUCACGUACUCCUACUCCACAAGACGUUUCUGGUGAAAGCAAGAGAUCUUCGAAAGAUUAUCAAGAAUAUCAAGAAUAUCAAGAAUAUCAAGAAUAUCAAGAGGAUGAGGCAACACCGGGAGAAUUCAGUUCUGGAGAAGAGUCCGACUUGUCAUCGGAAGACGAAAUAGCGGAGACGCUUUUCUCGUUCGCACUUUGCAUCACUUCAGAUUCUCUUUUGGUAGCCGACCCGCUUAUCAGCCGCUUUCUGUGUAAGCAGACGACCAAUAAAUUGAUAUCAGGUGAUGUGUCUGCAGUCUUGUUUCUACACAAUAGACUAUGGAUUGGAUUUCAAUCCAAAGAAAUUCAGGUGUUCGAGUGCGUCAACGGUGAAAUCACCGAGGGAAUCAAACAUCAAUCAUUUACCUGUAACGACGUUGUACAAGAUUUCCAGUAUCAAAUCUUCCCUGAUAGCAAAGAAGCCAAAGUUUUCGCGCUGCUAUCAAACGGUCAAAUAGUUGUCGUAAAGGGACACAAACACGCCACCGCUCAUGCCCGGACUCCGAGGCUGUUACACGAAUGGGGCAGAGAUGCUUUCUAUCAAUGGGAUCAACCGGAAGUGAGAACUGUAGGCAACAUUGGUUUCGAAAGAGAAGAUGCAGCCAAAGUCACGUCGUGUAUUGUACUUCCAAGGCUUGGAGAACUAUGGUUCUGUCAAGGAAACAGCAUUAUAGCAGUCGAUACUAUCAAGAGCCCGGAGCAGUUAAUCGAAAUCGAUGGCUCACCUGCAGACGGCAUCACUGUGACGGAUAUCACAAUGAUCAAACACGCCGUCCUUGUAAAAGAUUCCGUGUGGUGCAGUGGUGACGCAAGCUGCCGUACUCUCUGCGAAAUACAAGUGCCACCCGUAACUCAAAAGGCAAGCUUCAAGCAUCAAUGUUGGAAACUAGACCAACUCAUUUCUAGUAUACUCGGAUGCUCUAAAUCGACAGGCCGUGCAGGAUAUGUCUACAACAGACGAAGUCUGAUGAGCAACACGAACCAUCACAAUCCUCAAUCGAUUCAAUGUUUAGCAGCGGUCAACGACACCGUGUGGGUAGCAUGCAACGACGGUUCUAUCCUCGUUGUUUGCAAAGAUGACGACGACACGGUCCGCGUCCUGGCGACGCUGCAAUGUCGUCCAACUCUCGACCAUGCCGUUGCAAAAACGGGAGAAAAACCGCCAUCGAUAACAAUAACAAACAUGCAUCAAGUUGGCAACCGAGUUUUAGUCUAUCACAAAACGCAUCCGGUCAGUAAACAAGGUGCAGAGAAGAUGGUCAUAGCAGGAGUGUUCGAGGCAGUCGACAGCUCGCAGCUUAAGAACAUAACGUCAUACUAUAAUAUAGACAGCGCCUAACGAGUGUAUAGAUAGAAAACAACUUAUCACAUAAUAUGUAUUCCUAGGUGGUUGUUAGAGGUUGCUAUGGAAACAAAUUUGUGCUCAAUAAUUAAGGUAAUAAAAUAGUUGCGACCAGCAACGGUCACGGUUCAUCCGGU